CUUGUUGAAAGUUGGCAAAAUCUCUCCGCCGUUGUUUGGCAGUUGUGAACGCUGGCUGCGACGUUGAAGCGGAUGCACUGAGAAGCAGACACAGCGGCCACACCAACAGACAACAGCAGGCAACGAUGGAAGGGGUUGAUCCCUUGUUCUAUGCCCACUUCCUGUUCAGAAGGCGACGAUACACAGAGGCCGCGGACGUGUGCUCUGAAUUGCUGGCCAAGAAUCCGUAUGACAAGGCGGCGUGGUAUUUGAAGACGCGCUGCUUGACAGAAGAUGUGCGCAUCGACGAGACAGAACUGGAGGAGGAGGGCCUUGCUGAGGUUAUGCUGGACGAGAACGCCGUGGCCAGCGUUCCACGGCCUGGAACAUCGUUUUCACGGCCGCUCACAGACUCUGGCUCCAGCCGCGGCAUCAGGCCCAUGUCCAAGUCUGGGCGGCCUGUGAGCGGGUUUGCGCGGCCAGGGACCCAGGGCGCCCGCCCAUCGACGAUGGAGGCCGCCGUGCGAACCGCGCGCAGUGCAACCUCCCGUCCCGUCACAAGCGCUUCCGGCCGCUACGUUCGCCUCGGAACCGCGAGCAUGCUGAGCGGCGAUGACGGUACAUUCAUUGACGUGAGCAAGCUUGAUCUCCGCAAGUAUGCGUUCCGGCGGGGGUUGGCGCGUGCGCUGGUGCUGUACAUUCUGCACGUGCUCAACGACACGGGCAAAGCGAUGGAACUCGCCGCCUACGCAACAGAGGCAGCGCGCUUCCAGGACUGGUGGUGGAAAGCGAUCCUCGGGUUCUGCUACCACCGCCUGAAUCUGUUUCGUGAUGCGGAGAAGCAGCUCAAGUCAAGCUUCAAGCAGACGCCAAGCAUCCUUGCCUGCAUGCUUCUGGCCAAGGUCUACAUCCGCAUGGACCAGCCGCAGAACGCAAUUCAGUGCUACCGCGAGGGCCUUGAGAAGUUUCCCGACGAGCCAGUCUUGCUUGCAGGCAUCGCUCGCGUGUUUGAGGGCAUUGGCGACCUGACGAAAUCCGUGGAGGAGUACAAGAAACUUCUCAAGGUGGACAGCACGAAUGUGGAGGCGAUUGCGUCGCUGGCGGCAGACAAGUUUUACGGCGACCAGCCCGAGAUUGCCCUCGUCUUCUACAGGCGCUUGCUGCAGAUGGGCGUGGAGAGUGCAGAGCUCUUCAACAACUUGGGCCUCUCAUGCUUCCAAGCACAGCAGUACGACAUGGCGCUCGGAUGCUUUGAGCGGGCGCUGUCGAUGGCUGACGACGAGGCCAUGUCCGACAUCUGGUACAACAUCGCCUUUGUUGGCAUGUCGCUCGGAAACGUCAAGCUUGCUCGCGAGGCGCUUGUGCUCGCAGUGACGUGCGACAGCACCAAUGGAGAGGCAUACAACAACCUCGGCGUCAUUGAGCAACGCAAGGGCAACAGCGGCGAUGCGCGGGGCCACUACCAGACGGCAAUCAAGGUGUCGCCACACAUCCACGAGCCCCACUACAACUAUGCCCUCAUGUCUCUCGAGGCAGGCGACCUCCAGCAAGCAUACAAGCAGGUGAAUGAUGCCCUUCAGCUGUAUUCGGCGCAUCUGCCAUCACAGGAUCUCUUGAAGGAGCUGAAGGCGACGCUGUCCCAGCAUGCGUCUUGAACGAACCUUCCACACGCCUCUUUGUUCUGCUUUCAUGUACACACGCGCACACGCCCGCACCACAUGCAGUGUCGUAACACGUUACAGUACACACCUGCCAUCG